AUGGCGCCGUCCCGUCAUCCACCGAGCGCCAUGGCUGCUGCUGCUGCUGCUGCUGUGGCGGCGGCAUCUCCACCGCCCGCAGCCGCCGUCCCCCAGCGCCGCGGCGCCUUCUCGCGGUCUCAUCAGCCUCACCGCCGCCACCACCACCGCCUCGUGCCGGGGCCACCGACGAAGGCGAAGCAGCGGGCGUCGUGCGCGUGCUCGCCCACCACGCACCCGGGCUCCUACCGCUGCGCCCUGCACAGGGGCCAAGGACAAGCAGGCGGCGGAGGCGCGGCCGGGCCCCCGCUCCCGGUCGCGGCCGCGGCCUCCGCGGCGCCAGUGUCCAGCAGGCUCAGCGCGCCGCGGCGCGCGUCGAUGGCCAACCCGCUGGUGCGCAUCGCGGCGGUGGAAGGCAGCGACCACAUCAGGCGCGCGCUGGCCGCGCUCGUCCGCCCGCCGCCCUCCCAGACGACGCGCCGCCGCGCCGACGCCUUCCGCCCCACGCCCAGCCGCCUCUCCGCCAUGUCCUCGGCGUCGAGCUAG